UAUCUCAGGGAUUGGUUUCCAAGACAUUCUGUACUAUUAAACUCUCUGCUUGAUCAAGUACCAGACAUUGCUUCAUUGACUCCUUGACCUAACACCAGAAAUGAGGUAGUAGGGAGAGCAGUCAUGGGCUUCAGAUCUUGUGGAUGAACAGAACUGCCCACAAUUUGCUCUGACACAAAGCGAGUUUGGGAGAAGCAGCAUCCUCCGUUGCACAACGACCUUUCGGUAUUCAAAUGCGCAUGAUUGUGUUGUCCAGAGCAGUAUUCUUCAGCUAUUGUCUUCUUCUGUGGCAUCUAGUGGGAGAUGCCCUAAUCUUCUGCAACUUUAUUCUUGAAAAGAUUUCAUGGGGCGGUUGACAAAUUCUUUUCCUUGGAUGUCGUCUGUGGAUGCCUGCAGUCCGCCAUGGCAUUUACUCGACAUAUGUGAAAAAGGUCUGUGAUGGGACCCACCCAUUACCCAAAAGGAUUAGGAGACAGUAUAUAUGCUGAAUGAAAAAGGUUUACUUUGGAGGAUUAUUUUGAUAUGAUAUAGCAGGAGAGAAAAAUGCAGGACUUUACACGAUGGACCUCAAAAUGAAGGAAUCACUGGCACUUUGGAGGCAAGAAUGGGACACAGACUUGUUAUCUCAUACUGAUUCCAAAGUAACAAGAUCUGUCCUUGCAGUCUUGGUUUCUGGUCAAGACUUUUACGAGGCAGCAGACAUGGACUUGGCAUCUAAGCAUCUAUAGAUCAGCUUGGACUACCCUAUCGUCGAAAGGAUUCUCAAAAUUUUCUUACUACUCUGAUGAUUGGUUUAAAUGGAUGCCACAUAUCUGCACCUGUGGUCCAUUAACAUCCUCAUAUUCCUUUGGCACAAAAGGAUUUUUUUCAGCUUAUUCUUGAUCGAUAUCUUUUUAUCAUCACAUUGUUCUUGUUGUCAUUGUUUCAGCAUCAGCAUUAUCUCUUGUAUAUCUUCAUUUUUUCUUGCACUGAGAAGAUGCUCAUAUAACAUGCAUUCCAGUCUCCAAAAGAAGCUGAAAUAUUGAAUAUCUAUGUGAUGCCAAAUGAAACAUUGAGGGUCAUCUCAUGAAAUGUCUGACGAACCUAUAUGGGGAAUUUAGAGCCAUCAUGCACAUUUUGGAAAAUCUUCUAGUUGAGGUGCGUUAAAAAUAUUGUUCCAUUUUCAACACAUGCAACUCGAGAACAGGUAAGAUUGUUCAGGGCUUUGUGAAAGUUUACUAAGCAGAAGCAUACAGGUUUGUCACUCUUCAUCUUCUUCUCCUCCAAAUACAAGUAUCGAUCAGGUACUCUAUGGUGACAUGUUAGAGUCAUAUCAAGAUGUCAAAAGCAACUUGGUGAGGAUGUUCUGUGCCAUUGGACAUAGACAUAAAGAGGAUGAUCACAAGAAUACUGGCAGCUAUUAGUAAUGCAUCAUUUACAACCUCAUUACUGAUAUCUGCCAGAAUGCACUUUAGAACAAUGCAAAGAAGCUCAGUGAAAAAAGAAAAGUGUACCUCGAGGUGCUCCUAAAUUUGAUGUGAGCAGGCAGGCAUCAUUCAGGGAAGGUUCUAGAAUAAAAAAUGAGCUCUUUUCCAGACAAGAAGUUUGGAGAGUUAUCCAUUCAUGGCCUCUCUGUAUAACCUGAAGAAUAUAUACAUGACGGCUUGCAUGUCAACACAAUUCACGCCUCCUCUCUCUGCCAUGCCAAUCCAGUAUGCUUGUGUAGAAACUGAAAAAGCUUCAACUUGUAGAGUUACCAUGCCCCAAGGAAGGGAUCCUCUUGUCCUGGGCCAAGUAGUUGGUGAUGUUUUGGAUCCUUUCACUCGGUCAGCUGCCAUGAGAGUGAUGUACAACAGCAAAGAGAUAAGAAAUGGAACAGGGCUGAGGCACUCAGCGGUGGUGAAUAAGCCCCGAGUUGAGAUUGAAGGACAUGAUAGAAGGCAGCUCUACACGCUGGUGAUGGUGGAUGCUGAUGCACCAAGCCCAAACAGUCCUACAGACAGAGAGUACCUUCACUGGUUGGUGACAGACAUCCCAGAAACCCUUGAUGCCAGUUAUGGAAAUGAAAUUGUCAGCUAUGAGAGCCCACAUCCAACCGCAGGGAUUCAUCGUAUCGUUCUUGUGCUCUUCCGGCAAGAGGUUCAGCAAACUAUUUAUGCACCCGGUUGGCGUCAAAACUUCAACACCAGGGACUUCUCAGCAUUCUAUAGCAUUGGACCUCCUGUGGCUGCCAUAUACUUCAACUGCCAAAGAGAGAAUGGUUGUGGGGGACGAAGGUUCUAAGGGAUAGGUUAAGGAUGUGCUGAGAAGCAUGGACAUUCUGAGAGGUGGCAUUUCACAUUCAGUUAAUGCAGGCUAUCAAACAACAGGGCUUCAGGAGGAACUCUACAUUCAUGAAAUAUACCUUUUACUGAUCAAUUUAGUGGAUAUGGUAUUUACUAUGGUUCUCAGUCUAACCGAUCAUUACUUGUAAAACGUUUCUACUACUUUGAACAUGUACUAUGUGGCUUCACCCACAUAAAAUCCCUAAAGAGAUGCAGUGGAAACCUUAUUGACAGAUUACUAGUACUUGGAAGUGCUCAAAAGAGGUUGAGAUCCUAAUUUGAACAUGCAGCUUUU